UGACUUCAGAGACAGAGUCUGCAGCCGUCUUUGGAGAUGCUGGGACCGGGAGCCCUACGGACUGGCAGGGUAUGGCUGCCACGAGACACAAAGGCCCUGUUGUCACCUCUGACCCUUCCAGUGAGUCUGCACCCCAGCGUGUGAUUGUUCCGAUGCUCUUGACAACCAGAGAAGUGCUUCUAUGAGGGCCAGCAAGUAAGAGACACUGUUCUGGGACGCUGCCUGUGCGACUGACCAAUGCCGAUGCUGCCGCCUGCUCCAGCCUUUUCUCACUCUGUUCACAGCUAAGGUUCCUGCCACUGUUUUCUACCACAUCAAGACCUGGUAGGAUGAACCGUCUUGCACCAGAAAAUUACCUGAAGCAUCCCAGCCCGAGAUCUCUUCAUGGAUGAGUCAAACUUGACAUCCCUAGCCAAGGAAGAACCCAUGAACACCUCGGCCAGCAGGAAUGCCUCCCUGGGGAGCUUGCACCCGCCCAUUCCCAUUGUGCACUGGGUCAUUAUGAGCAUCUCACCACUGGGCUUUGUGGAGAACGGGAUCCUCCUCUGGUUCCUGUGCUUCCGGAUGAGGAGAAAUCCCUUCACGGUCUACAUCACCCACUUGUCCAUUGCCGACAUCUCGCUCCUCUUUUGUAUCUUUAUUCUGUCCAUCGACUAUGCUUUAGAUUAUGAGCUCUCCUCCGGCCAUUACUACACCAUUGUCACGUUAUCAGUGACUUUUCUGUUUGGCUACAACACAGGCCUCUAUCUGCUGACGGCCAUCAGUGUGGAGAGGUGCCUGUCAGUCCUCUAUCCCAUCUGGUACCGAUGCCACCGCCCCAAGCACCAAUCAGCAUUUGUCUGUGCCCUCUUGUGGGCGCUCUCUUGCUUAGUGACCACCAUGGAGUAUGUCAUGUGCAUCGACAACGGGGAAGAGAGUCAUUCUCAAAAUGACUGCCGAGCGGUCAUCAUCUUUAUAGCCAUCCUGAGUUUCCUAGUCUUCACGCCACUCAUGCUGGUGUCCAGCACCAUCUUGGUAGUGAAGAUCCGGAAGAACACGUGGGCUUCCCACUCCUCGAAGCUGUACAUCGUUAUCAUGGUCACCAUCAUCAUCUUCCUCAUCUUCGCCAUGCCCAUGCGCGUCCUCUACCUGCUCUACUACGAGUACUGGUCGGCCUUCGGGAACCUGCACCACAUUUCCCUGCUCUUCUCCACCAUCAACAGCAGCGCCAAUCCUUUCAUCUACUUCUUUGUGGGCAGUAGCAAGAAGAAGCGGUUCAAGGAGUCCUUGAAAGUGGUUCUGACCAGGGCUUUCAAAGACGAAAUGCAGCCCAGACGUCAGGAGGACCACACCAACACCAUCUCCAUCGAGACCGUGGUCUGAGGCCCUCGGAGGGGAAUUGUGCACAGAAACGUGGAAUGCGGGUGACUUUUAGUUUGUGCUUAGAAUGUAAUGUUAGUACUCUAAAACCUCCUAAAUGUGAUGCGGAAGGACAUCCACAUGCAUGAGAGUCUGAUUAGUGAUGAGGUUCACUGUACAGGGCCUCUGUUGUUUCCGUCCUCAUCCAAGACCCUUUCUUCUCUUAGCCCCCCGGCAACAUUUGAUCACGAACCACAAAAACUUCCUUGUCAGAAGGUGUCCCAGAUGUGACCCGGAAAGGGAAGCAAAGGUGACUGUGGGAACCUGGGUAGGCCACACAACGCAGGGAGUAUUGGGUUGUAGAGUGAGUCUGAUUGACGUUUACCCCCUCUGUGACUUCAGUCUGACCUUGGGGAGGCUCAUUUCCUCACAGUGAAAACAGUAACGGUCUACACCUCCCAGCUUAUGUUGAGGGAGAAAUGAGAGGAAAACGUAGGUAAAGCAUCUAACGUUGUCAACAUUCAAUAAACACCCACCUCUCCAUGCUCCUGUAACUAGACGAUA